AUGGAGGAGGAGGAGGAGGAGGAGGAGGACGACAACGAACCGCAGCAUGCAGCGAGCCGACGUGGCGAGGCGCCCGUCCAGAAGGCGAGCGGCGGGAGACCGCGCGCGCGGGCCAUUUUGCCCCUCGCCCAGGAGGUCGCGCAAGCCGCGUCGGGAGCGACAGAGCGGUGCCAGGAGGAGGAGGAGGAGGAGGCGAGGGAGCGAGGGAGCCUGGGGGCUGGCGGGCCUGGAGGAGGCGUCGGGUGCCGCGGCCGCCUCCGAGCGCCGCGGGCGGCGGGCGCCGAGGCCGCUCCGGUCUGCUCCGCGGGAGCGCACGGGCAGCUCGGCAGCAGGCUCCGGGCGCGGGCGGCGCGGAGAGCAAUUUUUUUUUGGCAGCGUCGACGGGUGUGGAGCGGGUAG